AUGGUUUUACAGAAAGAAGUGGAGAAGAGAAAGAAUAAGAAAAAGAAAGGGGUUUUAGAGAAAGAGAGUCUUAAUAAUGGUGAUGAUAACGAUAAUGUGAAUGAUUGUAGUGGUAGUGAGAGUGAAGAAGAAGGAGAAGGGGAAGAGUUAAUGAGAGAUUUGCCAAAUGGGUUCAUGGCAAUAUCACCUGCUAAGAAUUUUGGGAAUGGCAAUGUAGGUUCUUGUUCUAGUUCACAUUGCGAUAUUAAGAUUGGAAGGGAUGUUCCUAAUGGGAUCAGUGCUGCUAGGUGUUUUAGGUCUAAAAAUAUUGAGCCAAUGCCAAUUGGGAAAUUACAGGUUUUGCCAUAUAAGAGGGAUGCAGUGAGAUUGAGAAAGGGGAAGAGGAAGAAAUGCCAUUGGUGUAGGAGAAGUGGAUUGAGGACAUUGAUUAGGUGUUCGAGUUGUCGAAAACAGUUUUAUUGCUUGGAUUGCAUCAAAGAGCAGUAUUUAGAGACACAAGAAGAAGUUAGGAUGGAAUGUCCAGUGUGUCGUGGAACUUGCAGCUGUAAGGCCUGCUCAGCAAUUCAAUGUAGGGACAUUGAAUGUAAGGACUUGUCCAAGGAGAAAAGUAAAGUCGACAAGGUUUUACAUUUUCAUUAUUUGAUCUGUAUGCUUCUUCCUAUACUGAAACAUAUAAAUCAAGAUCAGAGCAUUGAGUUAGAAAUAGAAGCAAAAAUAAAAGGUCAGAAGCCUUCUGAAGUUCACAUCCAGCAGGCAGAAGUCAGCUGCACUAAGCAAUGCUGUUGUGAUAACUGCAAGACUUCCAUAGUGAAUUUCCAUAGGAGCUGCCCUGGUUGUUCCUAUAGCCUUUGCUUAAGUUGUUGUUGGGAUAUUUUUCAUGGGAGCUUACAUGGAAGUGUUAAAGCUCUUUUAUGCAAAUGCCCAAAUGGAAGGAAAGCUUGUAUAUCUGGCAAACAACUUUCAGAAAUGAAAUCACUUUAUGCCACAAAGCUGAGUUAUGGCAGCAGAUAUCGUGGCUCUACAUUAUCACCGUGUCGGAGUGCUGUGGAUCGUAAUGGCGAGCUGGAAGUAAGUGCCGAAGAAUUAGUUGGCUGCUAUGAGUUGCCAGAAACCUUGGAUGUUCACUCAUGUUGUUCAUUAUGUGUUGGGAUGGAUUGUGAAACUAAUGGGAUUGUGCAGUUGCAAGAAGCAGCUGCAAGAGAAGACUCUAGCGAUAACCUUUUAUAUUAUCCUGCCAUUAUGGAUAUUCGCAGUGAUAACCUUGAACACUUUCAGAAGCACUGGGGCAGAGGUCAACCUAUAAUUGUUCGUAAUGUGCUUCAGAGUACAUCUGAUCUGAGUUGGGAUCCAAUAGUCAUUUUCUGCAAUUAUCUUAAGAAUAUUGCUGCCAGAUCUCAAAAUGAGCAAGCUAAAGAUUGCUUGGACUGGUUUGAGGUAGAAAUUGGUAUAAAACAGAUGUUUAUGGGGUCUUUUAAGGGUCUGGCCAAUGGAAACAUAUGGCAUGAGAAGCUAAAAUUGAAGGGUUGGCUUUCUUCUCAUUUAUUCGAAGAACAUUUUCCAGCUCAUUACACUGACAUCCUUCAGGCUCUACCACUUCCAGAAUACAUGGACCCCAUUUCUGGUGUUCUAAACAUUGCUGCAGAUUUGUCACAGGAAACCUUGAAGCCAGAUCUGGGUCCUUGUCUUUAUAUCUCAUACGGAAGUGGUGAGAAUCCCGCGCAGGCUGAUUCUGUGACAAAAUUGCGUUAUAAUUCAUACGAUGUGGUUAAUAUUUUGGCACAUGCUACCGAUGUCCCUGUAUCUACAAAGCAGCUCAAUUACAUAAGAAAGUUAAUGACAAAGCACAAGGAACAGAAUAAAGAGAACGGAGAAGCAACUUUAGAUGAGGAAAAUAUUGAAGUGGAAUUGCAUGAUAUGUUCAGAGAAGAUAUGCAAGUAAACAAGAAAGUUGCCAGAGUAUCUUGGUUCUCUGCUGCAAGACACAAAACUCAUGCUUCAACUCUAAAAGAUAGAGACAAGUUCCAUGAUGGGGAAUAUGAUUCUGAUUCUGACACUGAUACUGAUACUGAAGUCUCAAAAUUUUUCUUUGGACCUGUUAAAAGCUCAAGGACAUCAGACAGGUUUCAUGGGAAGCACUCAAAUGCUUCCCCUCAUUUCAGAAUGAAAAAACUCUCUGUGUCUUGUGGUGCCCAAUGGGAUGUCUUUCGUAGACAGGAUGUUCCCAAGCUCAUGGAAUACCUUAGAAGGCACUCAAAUGAGUUCGCUUACACAUACGGCUUUCAAAAGCAUACAGUUCAUCCAAUACUUGAUCAGAAUUUCUUUCUUGAUGCAUCUCAUAAAAUGAGACUGAAGGAGGAGUUCAAAAUUGAACCCUGGAGUUUUGAGCAACAUGUUGGAGAAGCAGUGAUUGUUCCUGCUGGAUGCCCAUACCAAAUUAGGAAUCUUAAGUCAUGUGUUAGCGUGGUUCUGGACUUCCUCUCACCAGAAAAUGUUACUGAAUGCAUUCAGUUGAUUGAUGAGUUACGACAGCUUCCAGAGAACCAUAAAGCCAAAGUAGACAGUCUGGAGGUGAAGAAAAUGGCAUUGCAAAGUAUUAGUAGAGCUGUCAAAGAAAUCCGUGAGCUUACGUGUGCAGAGUAA